AUGGGAAUCCACCCUGAUCAACCUAAGCUCACAGAGCCUGAGCCGUCCCGUGAGACAGUAACGGAGUACGUGCAGGCUACAUCGAACGAACUGCUCGGUGUCGAUGUACAUAUUCCACCCUCACUCUUCGAACAGAACGGCGUCGUGGUCAGCACGAAGAUCGACGGAACGGUAAUGCGCAAGGUAUCUCUACGCCAAUACGAGCACCGUCGCGAAGGAUACACCAAUCUGAUCGAAGCGAGUGCCUUAGGCAUCGACGGAGAGAACAUGGAGCAGCCUUUUCGCUUCCGUGAACUGAACACUUACGAAAGCGCGGCUAUCAUUGACGACAGCCUGCCGCAAGAGGUCGCUAGAAUGGGUACGAUCUCGGUACUGUCUUACCGCAUAACCAAUAUGCGUAUGACCACAAUGCCUGACCGUGAGCCAAGCUUGAAAGACAUUGGCUCUUUACCAGAAAAGGUCUUGAAGGGCUCGUCAGCUUCGCACACUGUCAAGUAUGUUGCUCAUUGGUGCUUGGAUGCAAAUCUCAGGACUGGUCCAUAAGCAGCCCUGUCCGAUGGCGAUAGAACUGUGCGUUGAAGCUGCGGAUCAAUGGUCCGGAAAGGCAAUGUAGCUGAUCAAUUCUUCCCAACGUAGAAGAUCAAUGUGGUCUCGAAAUGUUGGGGACGAAAAUUCAUUAGCGAUUGUUUCGGCAGAGGUGAGGUUACAAGAG